GCAGAGGCAAGCUAGAUGGCAGCGGCAGCUGCUCAGGGCGGGAGAAGCGGUGGUGGCAGUAGUAGGGCUGGCGGUGGCAGCUGUGAGACAGGCGGUAGCCACAGCAGCUUGCUGGACAAGCGGAAGAUUGACGAUAAGCCUGUAAAAACUGACAAAUGGGAUGGAUCAGCUGUGAAAAAUUCUUUGGAUGAUUCUGCCAAAAAUGUACUUCUCGAAAAGUACAGGUGUGUGGAGAAUUUUGGUCUAAUUGACCGUCGCCUCACCAUCUGUACCAUCUCCUGUUUCUUUGCCAUAGUGGCUUUGAUUUGGGAUUAUAUGCACCCCUUUCCAGCGUCCAAACCUGUUUUGGCUUUGUGCGUUAUAUCCUAUUUUGUGAUGAUGGGGACCCUGACCAUUUAUACCUCAUACAAGGAGAAGAGCAUCUUUCUCAUGGCCCAAAGGAAAGAUCCCACAGGGAUGGAUCCUGAUGACAUUUGGCAACUGUUGUCCAGUCUCAAAAGGUUCCAUGACAAAUACACUCUGAAGCUGACUUUCAUCAGUGGAAGAACAAAGCAGCAACGGGAAGCCAAGUUCACCAAGUCCAUUGCUAAGUUUUUUGACCACAGCGGGACACUGGUCAUGGAUGUGUAUGAGCCUGAAAUAUCCAGGCUUCGUGACAGUCAUGCCACUGUAAGAAAAAUAAAAAAGCCGCUUCUAAGAGCAGCCAUCUUUUGGCUGGAUCAUGCUGAAUUAAGGGGCAUGCGUGACUCACCUCGGAUUGCUGUAAUGCUCUUCCGCAAGGAACUUGGAAACAUAAUUAGGAAAAAGGAGAUGGGCAGCAGCUGGAACAGUACCCAGUCCUCUCUCAAACUUCAAAGGGAGCUCCCAGUGCAGAAGGAUUCAGGAGGAGGAGAGGGGAGUCGCAAGAAGGCACAAGCCUUUGCUUUUACACGUUUGGGUUUUGUACGACUUUUUGAUGCUGAGUAUGGGAUCAAGGGGUGA